GUUGAUGAACUGUAGCUCACGAACAGGCAGCGAACACGAUGAAACAUCCCCGUAAAAUUAUCUUUUACAUUUAAGAUGAGCGCAAAUCAUUAGAGUUUUACACAUUUUCGUGAAAAAUAAUAUUCAUGCUUUCUGAUUAUUGCAGUGAUUUUAACCUUUGCAUUCUGUACGAUAAGAUUUUAUUGCAGUUUAUUCCCGAUUUCAAUUUCGUCGUCGAGAAUUUCUUGCGUAAAGUUGAGAUGAUCAGCAGCGCAGCACAGAGGCGUGACGUCAUAGGAUAUCGAUAACGCGAUCGGUAUCGCUCCUCUGAACUCAGCUCGGUGUUGGGGCUCGGUUCAGCAGCCUUUUCACGCUCUCAACACCAACACCAACUCCGAACACCGUACUUGAAAUCACCCAAUUACAAAGGACACAUGACAGACGUAAAUUUCUUUCAUUUUUAAACCAAGUUCCAAAGGAAAAAUACUGAAAAGUCGCCAUGGUACUCCUUGAUAAUGAUCAGUUCUUAGCAGAAUUAACCAAACUCUUUCAGAAGUGUAGGACAUCAGGAUCGGUCUACAUAACCAUGAAGCAAUAUUAUGGUCAAACUAAACCCAAGCCAAAGGCAGCCAAAGGAGAAAGAGUUUCAGUGUCUGACCAAUCAGAACAUAAAUGCUUGUUCAGAGCAACCAAUGGCAAAAAGAAAUUAUCUACAGUGAUUAGUUCAAAAGAUGUAACCAAAUUCCAGAUGGCUUACGCAAAUGUGAUGAAACUCAACAUGGAUGGAUUGAAGAAAAGAGAUAAAAGAUCGGCCAAAAGCAAAAGCAAGACCACUAAAGCUACUUAAUGUUUGAUGCCAGUGCCACAUGAUAGAGACAUUUCUUGAUCAACAUUCAUACCGAGGAUUGCGUAUCAGAUAGAGAGAUAAAGCAGCCCUGGAGAAGGAAAGAACUUGAACCUUGUUUGGUAUUAGAGAUUAUGAUGCAGAAUAUUGAUGGCAAGGUCUUCAGCAAGUUUUUUUUGGCAGACUCUGAAUUCUAGGAAUGGCUGUCUUUAUUACCUACUGCAAUAUCAUUGCACAAAAGUACUUCAACAGAAUUUAUUGCUGUUGGAUGAUUUUCUACCAGUCUGUAGAUACAUUUGUGUCACUACACAAUUUUGUAUUUAGGGUUGCCAAAUGAGGUGAGCCAUUUUAUUUUUUUGGGGGAAAAAUGAGUUCAUAUAUUUUAUGAUGUUUAUUAAAGAAAGUGAUAUUUUGAUUCUUUGAAUAAUGAUUACUUCUUGGUCUAGUGAUAAGAUUACAGUAUACACACUGGAUGACUUGCCCCCCCCUCCCCCUAGAAAAAAAAAACACCCAACAAACACCUGCCUGCCUGCUAAGUUUCAUUUCAGAUACGAGUACCAAAAUGGGAGACCACCCCCCCCCCCUUUUAAAUCUCUUUUCCUGUCUUUGACCUGAGAAAGUUAUAAGUAUUAAGCUUUCUUUUUUGAGAAAGAUAACAUACCAACAUUCAUUGAAAUUCAUUUUUGAAAUCGUAUUUUAUUAUUCUUUAUUCACUAUUACAUGUAUAUGCUGGAUUGAGUUGAUCUGUUGGCAACAAUCAUUCCAUAGUGUGGUCAUCUAAACUAGAGGUCAUUGACCUACAUGUACAUGCUAUGAAAAUACUAUCCUAGAUGUAUGUGUGUCGAUAUAUGGGGGGGUCAUACAAAAGAUGUGCUAAAAACUAAAAAUGAUAUUGCCACAAAUCAUUUUUUUUUUUUAAUUCAAGGGCAUGCAUGUACAAGUAACUUUUUUUAUAUACUAAGAAUUGUGCAUUCAAAUGCAUUUAUUACUCAAAUUUUAAUCUCUAUUUUUAUGUUUGUGAACCAACUUGAAAAUUUCUAUUUUCACUCUCAUUUAUUGAAGAGAGAGGCUGGCCAUUAAAAGAAACCAAUAAAAGUAUAGUCUACAAAACAUAAUUACCAAUUUGUAAGUGUUCAUAAACAAGAUGUUAUUCACCUCAUUAGACUCGACCGAAAUAGAUUUAUUCUAUUUUCUGCAGCAAUAUAUGCAAUCUCAUCUGUGCAUGGAUUAGAAACUCAUUCAUUUUGAUAUGCACCAAAGCACAGAGCAUUUUACUUCAUGGAUACAGCUUCAAAGCACAACAAAUUUGGAUUUUUUUUUUUGUAUGGCUUUACAUGUAUAAAAAAAAUACUGUCAAGCUCUCCAGAUAUUAGACAUGGUCUCAUUCAUUUGUGCUAAUUUGUUUGGAGGAGCAAAUAUUAGAACAACUCACUUGCUCAUUAGUGAAAUGACUUUGGUGGUUGUUUUAGAUUGCAAUCUUUUUGAGGUUUUUUUUUAUGUGUACAUAUUUUGAGUUUCCCUUUCUCCACAGAAACCUGUACUUCUCUUCAAUUCCCACCUACAUUAAAAUUGUCCUGUUUUUGUGAAUCAUUCAAGAAUUUUUGUCUGUUCUUACUGAUAUUCAUACGCUACAUAAACUAUAAGAAUAAUAUACUUCAUAACAGGGCAGGGGUGACUGCUACCACCCCCCCCCCCAUGAUUUUCAACUGGUGAAAGAUAAAAAAGAAGAAGAAAACAUGGAAAAUAAACUUGAUUAUCAAAAAAGAUAAAUCUGGAGCCUGUAACACAAAGCUGUGCAAUCAUUGUGGACAUUUUUUUUAUGAUUGAUCAUUGCAUUGACUUCAAUGUACAAUCAAUCAUGAAAAUCAAGCGUACAUGUACCAUUAAUCGCUAAACUUUGUGUUACAGAACCGUGGACUUUGUUACUCUAUAUUACCCGUUAUUCAAUUAAAUGUACAAAUACACGUAUGUCAUCUUCAGUUCAUCUUACCCCCCUCUCCCCUCGAAUUCUGACACCACCUCUGCUUCAUAUAUGUUUCUUAGGAAGAUGUUACUGGACAUGCUCCCUCCAUCCCCACCCCCACCCCUUACCCA